AUAUAAUAGAAAAUCAUUUAAAUAACUACAAUGUAAUUGUCUAACUGCAAAUGCAUACAUUCAAUAAUAUAGAUUAUGAUUUUGUGUAUAAAUUGUGUUUAAUGAACAACGCUCUCCCUUCGCUGAUACUCAACAUCUUGAAGUGUGUGAAUAGCUUUAAAUAAUCAAAUUUCAUAUGUGAUAGUGUAAUAUUUGAUCACUUUGUAUAUAUUAAAAGUAAAAAAUUUAUUAAGCUAUUGUGUGAUAUUUUCAAUAUUUAAAUAACGUGCAUCAAAAUAUUUCUAAGCAUGUGUAUGAGUAUAGAGAUGGAGGAAGUGAAAUUCAAAGCAACAAGCAUACACUAACAACAAUUUGAAGUUCAGUGUAGAUUGAAAGAAUUUCAUAUUUUUGCUUCCUCCUCUAUUACUUUUGACAAUUUGCAAAAGAGGUCUACCGGCGACAUGCAUACACAUGUAGGAUGCAUGCAAAAACAAGGGGGCAGUGAAAUUUCAAGAAGCAUACGUACGUAUGCAAUAGUUUGAAGUGCAGUGUACUAGUGUUUCAAAUUUUCAGUGUUUAUUGAAUUCUAAAAGCUCUUAAAUGUGUUUGAAGUGCAGUGUCGAGUGUCUAAAAUUUUCAGUGUUUAUUAAAUUUUUAAAGGUCUUUAAUUUGUCCUCAGAGCUUACAGAGACUCAUCUUGUUAACCUAUAAAUGGAUAACAUGGCUUUCAAACCUUAUGGAUUUCAAGAACAAUUUGAAAAUAGAUUUCUUCUCAAAAUCUUCCUAUAAAGUGGUUCACAAUUCAGUUAGCCUAGGCGUGGACAAAGCCGCAAGAAACCAUACAAACGUUAAUCACGUGUGACUGCGCACCUUCACAAGCCCCAUUUGUAUUGUGUGGUAUAAAAUAUAAAAAAGUUGCAACAUGAUUGAACGUGAAGUCAUACACACAAAUAAAACUUCAAAACGCAUAAUGGACAUCAUGCAGGAUAUAAGUGAAUUCUUUGUGGUAUUUGUAAAAAUACUUUUAGAGUUAUUGCAUAGUCUUUUUGAAAAGUUUAUGACCAAAAAGCUGAAGGAUAUUAGCGGUGAAAUUAUAUUGAUAACGGGCGCUGGACAUGGUAUUGGACGCGAAUUGGCGCUGCAUUAUACCUCAUGGGGUAGUGUUGUUGUCUGUGUCGAUAUAAAUGAGAAGAACAAUGAAGAGACUUUGAAGAAAGCUAAAAGACUUAUGCAAAAUUCUGUUUACGCAUACACUUGCGAUGUUGCGGACCGUGAUGCGGUUUUGAAGCUAGCCGCCAAAGUUGAGGCAGAAGUUGGGCGUGUCUCUGUGCUGGUAAACAAUGUCGGCAUCAUGCCGACACAUCCGCUGGAGCAACAUACUGCUGAAGAGAUAAGACGCGUAUUCGAUAUAAAUGUGUUAUCACAUUUCUGGACACUUGAAGCAUUUCUGCCGCAAAUAAAGCAACAGGGACGUGGUCAUAUCAUAUGUAUUUCCUCGAUUGCCGGAGUUGUAGGGCUAACAAAUUUGGUGCCAUACUGUGCAACUAAGUACGCUGUGCGUGGCAUGAUGGAGGCGUUGCACGAGGAAAUACGUGAAGGACCUUACAAGGACUUUAUAAAACUCACCAUUGUUUACCCUUAUAUGACUAACACUGGACUUUGUAAACGGCCAAAAGUGAAGUUUCCCUCAAUGCUCGGCCUACUGGAUCCCAAGGAGGUGGCCAAACAUAUUGUGGAAGCACACCGUGCAAAUGUUUGUGAAACUACAAUACCUGGCAGCCUGCUCCAUGUCAAUAAUUGGUGUCGUUUAUUGCCUUUGCGGUGUGGUCUUUUACUUAAGGAUUAUAUAGACAGUGGUGUUGAAUCAGAUUUGUGA